AUGAUCGGCAUGAACGGCAUCUGGAACAUCGACAGCGCCCUCGCGCUCAACCAGUUCCCAAGCGUCGAGGACCGCGUCGCCCUGUCCACGAAUCAGUGGGCAGACGACCUCAGAGGUAUCUACAACAAUGCCCGCGAUAGGUUCUCAGACGUCGCUUGGGAAACGGACACGGGCGAAAGGAUAUUUGCACAUAAAGCUGUCGUCUACGUUCGAGCACCAAGUAAGCGCACCCCCGCUUUACGCGAGCUGACCAUGUGCACAGAAGCAUUCAAGGACCGAUACUUCCUAUUUUUACAGAACAGUCAAAACCGAGCAGGCAGGUCACAGACGUCACUUGCCAUCGCGCGGUCACCCUCACCCUCACCAUUCUCCACCACCCCUCCAUUUCCGAACGGGACAUCAGUACGCAACACACCUUCCCCCUCCUACCUCGCAGCAGCACGCAGCAGCAGUCUCUCCGUCGACACGAUCGAAAGCGAUGGGACACUACGCGCCCCAACCCUUAACACUGGUGGCGAUGGGAUUCUCAAGCUCGGUCAGGACGAUCCCCCCGAGAUGUUUAGAGCACAGCUUGAAUGGCUCUACACAGGCGAGGGGUUCGGAGACGUCGUCGAGUGGAUCAGCGGAGACGGCGCUGCCGGUCCAGGCGGCGCCGGCAAUCUUCGCGACUCAUUAGGGCGAAGAGGCAACCUCGCAGAGCGAAGAGACAAGCUGGGAAACGACCUCACCUACAUGUGGACCAGCAAGCUCUACUGCGACGUGCGGAUACACCUCGACGCUCCCGAGAGCGACGGAUACGGGUCAGACACGUCGGGAGACUCUGACGACUCUCUCGCCGAGACCGUGAUCUUCACUGCCCACAGAUUCAUGCUCGUAUCCCGAUCACCAUAUUUUGCGUCGGUCCUCCUCAAUCCUUCCUCCUUCCGACCAGCAACCGCCGACGUUCACCUUCCUACCCCUCCUUUCACCCCAGCAGCCCUCCACUUCUGUCUUGGCUGGAUCUACGCAGGCCACCUCGACUUCUCCAACCGCUCCUUCGACCUCUCUACCGCCCUUCAGAUUCACCGCGCCGCGGCUUACCUGCAACUGGACUCGCUCGUCUCAGAAGUGGAAUCGCGGCUCGUGUACGACUUCUGUGAUAACAUGGACUGGGACCGGUGUCAUUGCCGACGAUGUCUCAGCCGUGUUCCUCGCGUGUGGCGUUUUACUUGCGCACCGGACGUCGGCGCGCUCGACUUGCACAAGCGCGCACGCCGCUUCAUGAUCGCAGGAUGGACUGAAGCUUGGGGACGAGAAGUCGGAUCAGCAGACAAGAAGGACCGAGACGACCUGGUGAGAGAUCUCGCCAGAACCUUGACGCCGGGGAGCGUCAUCUCCGUGUUUCGAGGCGUGGCGCGACUACGCCGUCGCAUGAGCCAGGCCAUUCGAUCCAAGGGUCCCGACGCCGCGGGCUGGACGGACGCCGUCGGAGAGAUGGUCGAGCAGACUGAGAAGCGCGCGCGCGAUCUCAUCGCUACCCACUUUGUCGCCGUGUGCGAGAGCAAGGAGCUCUGGGAUGCGCUGAACGGCGUCGGCAUGAACGAGGACGCUCUCGACGCCGUGCUCGCCGAAAUGGUCGAGAUUGCGGGUCGCCCAACGACAUCAGUGGAAGCGCCACGCAUGUACCAGACCAUCGUCUCGUCGCUCCUCCUCAAGGUCAACCCCGAUACCUUGCAGCCCAUGCUCAGGACAGGGUCACAAGCACGACAUAAGGUUGAGCAGACGAAAGAAGGCGUUUUGUCUCACAUCCGACGGCGCUGGAUGGGCAUUAAGGACGCUGCGGGAUUCGUCGGUUUGGAGCCCUGGUCGCUCAAGGAAAUCAGCGACGAGUUGGAUUUACCGAUGGACGAUCUCCUAGGGGUAGCAUUUCCACGCUCCAGCGCCGGCUUUCCGCGCACAGCGUCCACUGCUGCUGGACUCGCAGAAUCGAACAGCUCGACAGGAGGGUCCCGUGCAGCGUCACGUGCAGACCGUCAAUCUCGAUCGUCCGUCGACCAUGCUUCUGAGAUCUCGUCGGGCAGUCAGACGAGCCAGGGGCCAGGACAUGCGAACCGAGCGUCCGUGUCGACCCUCCGAGGCGUCGAGACGCCAGAGCCAUCAGAGCGCAAUGGUCUCCGCCGACUUCGACUUUCCAGUUCAGCAUCCAGUGCGUCUGUCACAUCGUCGCGAGCAGCUUCAAGGGCAGCUGCAGCGUCGCAGUCUAGUCGACAGACACCAACUUCGUCCGGCCCGACUCCUCGCAGCCCUACAGCCGCAUCGAAAACCCUCGUUGUUUCCGUCGGAUCGCGCAACCGUGUAUCUCCUUCUCUGGGCAGCCCCAACAGCCCCACACCGACCGUUAUGAGCGGACCGCCGCGACCACUCCUCACCGGCAAGCGGCCAGUUUCCAAGCUGAAGAGCGACAAUGAGAAGACUGGCGACUCCCCAUCCCCGCGAGCCGGCCCUUCCACGUUACGACACCAGUCGUCGAUGAGCUCCGUGCGAUCUACGCCUUCCGCUAAGACUCCGACAGCCGCCAGAACCCCUACCACUAGGGCUGCCGUUUCAAGUAGGACCGCGACGUCCAGCAACGCGUCGGCCAAAUCGACAGCACGACCCACUCCUGCGAACAAGUCGCCCACAAAAGCAGUCAGCAAAUCACCGACGAAAGCUGCGUCUUCGAGUCGGCCGUCGCUGUCGUCAACGCGGCCAAGUGCUCGUCUUAGAACAGUUUCGACACCAAAUGCCGCGGCCGCCGGGGCAAAGACAGCAACGCCGAACACACGCCCGAUCAGCCACUCUCGCACAUCGUCUGUUGCAAGCGCGUCCACGGCAUCGUCAGCUGCGAGGGCGGCCGCUACGGUUCCCGCCUCGCAUUCACGAACGUCCUCGGUCAGCUCCUCAACGGCCGUGAGACCCAUGACAGCGGCGCGCCCCUCGCGUGCGUCUUCGACUGCGAGCGUGUCGGCUCGACCGGCGCCAGGACGAGCCACCACUGGGUCUUCCUCCAGCUCCGCGACGCAUUCCCGCAACGCCUCGGUGACGAGCGCCGCCAGCAGCGCGAGGACACCGCUCACAGGCGGACCGCCAGCACGACUAACGAGGGAUAGUGCCCACUCGCGAAACGGUUCGCUAGCAAGUCUCCGCAGCUUCAAGAGCGCCAAGUCGACCGAAUCGGCAACAGCUACGCCCAAGCCCGCGCCGAGAUCUGGUAUGACGAAGAGUGCCUCCAUGAUGAGUGUGCGAAGUACGCGGUCUACCACGAAGCCGGCGGAAACGCCCAAGCCAGCGACAUCUCGAGCGAGCACCGGAUCUACAGCGCCCUCUUCCGAACUGAAAACGUUCCGCACUAGAUCAGUGUCCAUGGCGAAUCUCAAGACGACGACCCCCACGCCGCGGUCGAGUUUGCCACCUUCCACCACCUCGAAGACUCCGGCGGCGACCCCGAAGCCUGGAACCAGCACUCUUCGACCGCGCCCGUCAACUGCGAGUAGUACUCGGGUGCGCACGAAUUCGACAGCCUCCUCGACGGCGACCGGCACAGGAACGAGGGUUCGCCCGCGCACCUCAUCGCUGGCGAGUACGCGGUCCCACGCUACGAUUGCCGAGGACCCCGACCAACCGCCCUUACCAGGUGAUGCCAAGGACAACGUCCGUGCGACGCGAACUCGAACCAUGUCGAUGGCAAGCGCGGCCUCUCGAGCCUCGACGUCAACGGCGGCGUCUGGAGUGGAGGAAACCACGCCUGCGACGAAGACUGUCCGACCCCGCGCCUCCUUAACGGCCGCAACGCCAACACCUGCUGCCCGAGGAAAGGCUGCUCAACCCUCAACGACGUUGGCGCCCCUCACGCCUACGGAUGCUGGUUCCGGCAAGAUGGCGCGCGACCAGGCGACCCCGAAGGCCGCCGCGAAGCCCUCUGCUCCCAGUAAGGCUGGGACACUGCGGCCGUCGACGUCUUCGAGGAACAUCAGUCGUAGUGUGUCUGAGUCCACUCUCAAACCGUCCAACUCUGCCAGGUCGUUGUCGAGCAAGACGAGCCGCGAUUCUGGUGCGGUGACCCCGAAGGCUUCAAACGCGAAGGCGUCAUUAGAGCCGGCGACACCGACAGCGCCCAAACAGCGCUCGGUCUCGGCCAAGGUUGCCACUCCUAACGCGAGUGGCACCCCGCGACGCAGCACUUCUGGUCUCUUCCCCGCGACGGCCGGUACGCCUCGCCAGCGUGCUGUCUCUGCAGGCGCGUCUCUGUGGAAGCGCGCCACGCCCGUGCCGCCCAAGGUUGCUGGUGUUGUCGGUCAGGACAACACGUCUCCCAGGACUAGCAUGAGCCCGAGGGCCAGUAACUCGCCGUCAGCGAGCACGGUCAGUGGCCUUAAGAGCGCCAGCCGGGGCAGAUUACGCUCGUCUUCUGGCUCGACGGAGGGACCGUCUGAGGCUAUCACCCCCAGGAUGUCCGCGUCCGUGGAGCCCAUCAUCGCCCAGGAGCAGGAGGAUGCCGCCUGCGCUCCUCCCUUGCAAAACGAGCCGUCACCCGAUUCCAAGUCUGAACGGCCGCCCAGCGUGCUCCUGCACCGCCCCGAAUCACUAGUCGUCCCGGAGGAGCCGCAAGAGGAGGAGGAGCGGGAAGAUAAGCCCGAGGAGCGCAAUGAGGUUACGACACCGGAGACCGAGCCGCCGUCUGGUGUAACGGUUACUCUGAAUGACGAGCCCGAUGAGUUGGACCCUCGAGUCACUCCGCGCGCUACCCGCGCUGAGCGGGCGCGAGCCACGUCGGAGAGCACGACGCCGACGUCGGCCCAGUACCCGCCAGCAGUCUUUGGCGUCCCGCACCGCUCGGCGUCCAGCCCUGUCUCGGCCAUCAGCGAUCAGCCCAUUCGGCCCAUCAUCCCUCCGCGCACCGCCUCGAUCACGGUCUCAGUCACGGAUGACGAGUCUGACACGCGCUCGCGAUCGGGUUCCGGCUCUGCGCCCCUUCCAAUCCCCGGCGCUAGCAUGCUGUCCGAUGAGCCUGUACCGACGAAUCUCCCUCCUCCGAGCGCCUACACGACCCCGAAGGUGCCUCCGACCCCGCCGAUCGCCUCGUUCUCGCUCCCGAACACUCCGCCGGUGCGACCGACUUCGCUGGCCGCGAGCCCCAUGUCGGCUGCAAGCUUACACAGUGUUCUGUCGACGGCGCAUGGUAGCCCAGCGGGUAGUGUCCGCUCGCACACCUCGCCGUAUCGCCCGCAUCCUGCGCACGCGUUUGACCCGCCCCCGCGUGAGCGCCCUGCUCCUGUGCCCGUCGCCGUGACCCCGCCCAAGAUCGAGGUCACGGACGAGAACGUGCCGUUUAGCGGACGGGGUGUGAGCCUGCACGUCGGCAUUCCGUGCAUCGUGGCCCUGACUAGCCGACGCGCCCGUUUCCGCGCCAACGCAAAGUAUCUCGGCACGCUGCAGGACACGAAGGGCCAGUGGGUCGGCAUCGAGGUCGAGGACCUGGACCGAUUCGGGAUCGAGACUCUCCCGACCGGUGCGCGCAACGGCGUGCGCUACUUCCACUUCACGGUGCCGAGCACCCCGGCGCCGGGUCCAGAGGCGCGACAGGCGCGCGAGAUGCGCCUCAGACGUAUCGGUAGCAUCGCAGACAGUCUGCCUAGAAGGCGGCUCGGUGCCUUGGGUCUCAGCAACCCUAGCACGAGAAGUGCGAGCCCCUUUGGUGGCAGCAGUUACGCCGCCGAGUGGGUCGCGCCCGAGAAGCCGCGCGCGCUCUUCGUCCGGCCAGAAGAGGUGCUGUUCGUCAUGGGCGCGGAUCCAUAG